AUGGACGAAUCACACAGAGAAACCAUGACCAAGUGCCGCACUAUCUUCCUGAAGAACGGAGAACCUCAUUACGAGGACCUCAGCCCGCUUCCAGACCUAUGGUGGGUUUCCACGAAGCUUUCCCCGGCCGACUAUGUUGCCUCUGAUGUAAAGCUAAUGGACAUUGUAGUCGAGCAUCUCCAAGCCUCAUUAUUCGAAGUCACUCACUGUACUGCUAUGCAUCACCAGGAACAACUUUAUGUCUCGUUUCCGGUUCUCAACCCGGACGUUGAGAUUUCCCAUGGUUGGUUUUCCCUCGCUAUUGCACAGGCUGAGCACUAUCAACAGGAAAUUAUCGCUGGACGGCUCGCUGUUGAUCGAUGUUAUCUGUUCGGGAUUGUGGACCCUCGAAGUCAGAUCGAGUUGAAUGAGGUUAUCAGGUAA